UUUUUUAAUCCUUCAUUUUCUGGAUUUGGAUAUCGUUCGGUCAGUUGUACACUUGUUCAACCAAAGAGAAGAAAGUUUCGACUUAGAAUAUGGCCGAAGAGAAAAUAAAAAUCCCAGUUCCCAGAGUGAAACUGGGCAACCAAGGGCUUGAGGUGUCCAAGUUGGGUUAUGGAUGUAUGACCCUGAGUGGAGCCUAUAAUUCUCCCCUCUCUGAAGAGGAAGGCAUUGCAGUGAUAAAGGAUGUCUUCAAUAAGGGUGUCACCUUCCUUGAUACGGCUGAUGUAUAUGGACAAGGUGCUAAUGAAGUUCUUGUGGGAAAGGCCUUGAAGCAGCUGCCUAGAGAAAAAAUUCAGCUGGCCACAAAGUCUGGCAUUUUAGGACUUGGAUCUACUGAUGUGAAGGUGAAAGGUACCACAGAAUAUGUACGAUCAGCUUGUGAGAAUAGCUUGAAGCGCCUUGGUGUGGAAUACAUUGAUCUGUAUUAUCAGCAUAGAAUAGACACAUCAAUUCCUAUAGAGGAAACAAUUGGUGAACUUAAGAGGCUGGUUGAAGAGGGAAAAAUCAAGUACAUAGGACUAUCUGAGGCCAGUCCAGACACAAUUAGGAGGGCACAUGCUGUUCAUCCAAUCACUGCUGUACAAUUGGAAUGGUCUCUUUGGACUCGUGAUAUCGAGGAAGAAGUAGUACCACUUUGUAGGGAGCUUGGCAUUGGAAUAGUUCCAUACAGUCCUCUGGGUCGGGGGUUUUUUGGUGGCAAAGGAGUUCUGGAAAAUUUGCCUGCUGUAAGCUCAUUGAACACACAUCCUCGGUUCAAGGCAGAGAACUUGAACAAGAACAAGAAAAUUUAUGCUUCCAUAGAAAAUCUUGCUAAAAAGCAUAAUUGUACUCCUGCUCAACUAGCUCUGGCAUGGGUUCUGGAACAAGGGGAUGAUGUUGUACCUAUUCCGGGGACAACUAAGAUUAAGAAUCUGGAUAACAAUAUUGGCUCUUUGAUGGUGAAACUUACAAAAGAAAAUCUGAAUGAAAUUUCUGAAGCUGUACCCAUAGCAGAGGUAGCAGGAGACAGAGCGUUUGAUAGCAUGAGGAAGGCAACUUGGAAAUUCGCAAGCACACCUCCUAGAGCAGGCAAGGUCUGAAACAAAAAUAUUAAUGAUGCUACCUUGCUUCUGGAUGAAAAAUUUGGUUGAUAGAAGGCUAAUAAAUGCCAAAUAUAUGUACAUAGUCACUUGGUACCUCACUUUGUUAAUUGUUUUGAUCAUAUAUUUCUCGGUUGUGGUUUUCAAUAAAGUAUGAAAAACCCCCAGUUUAUCUCCA